AUGCCGAGUCCCCGCAGCAGCCGUGAGCGACGCAGCGGCAGCAGCGGUGGCUGCGGCAGCAGCCGUCUGGAGUUCCUGUCCCUCGUCAGCCAGCGCAGUCCCGGUGCCCCGGACAGCCCGUCGCGCCGCAAGGAGUCGAGUAGCUCCACGGCGGCCCCGCUGCCCGAGGAGGACUGCAUGAAACUCAAUCCCUCCUUCGUGGGCAUCGCCCUCAGCUCCCUCCUCGCCAUCGACCUCUGGGCCUCCAAGCGCCUGGGCGUCUGCGCUGGAGAGAACUCGGCCUGGGGCAGCGCACGCCCCCUCAUGAAGGUCAUCGAGGUUUCGGGGCACGGCAUCCCCUGGCUGCUCGGCACCUUCUGCGGGCUCUGCCAGAGCGACAGCUCAGCGGCCAGGGAGGUGCUGCUCAACUUGCUCUUCGCCCUGCUGCUGGAUCUGGUGCUGGUGGCCGUGGUGAAGGGACUGGUGAAGCGGCGGCGGCCCACCCACAACAAGAUGGAUAUGUUCGUCACCAUCUCGGUGGACAAGUACUCCUUUCCCUCCGGGCACGCCACCAGGGCCGCCCUCGUCUGCCGCUUCGUCCUGCGCCACCUGGUGCUCGCCGUGCCGCUGCGGGUCCUGGUGGUGCUCUGGGCGCUCAUCGUCAGCGUCUCCAGGGUGAUGCUGGGCAGGCACAACAUGACGGACGUGCUCUUCGGGCUUCUGCUGGGCUACGCCCUGUACAGCGUGGUGGAGUACUGCUGGCUAUCUCCGCUCAGCGCCCCGGCCCUCUUUGCGCUCUGGCGCCACUGAUGGCUGGGUCC